UAAAGGGAGACUCUAAAGGGAGUUUUUUUUCCCCCACUGUGUUGUCAUCUCAUAUAGCGAGUCAUGUGACAGUGGAAUAGUAGAAGUUGUUGUCUGUGCCUGCUUCAUUACUCAGCUCUGAUUCUUCACGCUAGACACUCUCUGAGGAGACAACAGCAGCAGGUUAUCCACAAUGCUCUCUUGGGUCUUUAUAACAAGCCUACUGGCCUUUGCUUCAAGCAAACCAUGUGAAAACGAGGUGGCGAACAAUGAGCUGCUCCUGUCACUCAAUAAGAAUCUGCUCCGUUCUCUGGAGACGCAGGGAGGACUCCCCAAUCCCAGUGUGCACUUGGCAUUGAGGAUUUCUGAUAACCACAACCUUGCCAAGGAGAGCGAGCACCUGAAUAGACUGACAACUAACUUGCACAAUGACUUGGAAAACUCUCUCACCAACAGACAGGCGGUCACUGGCAGCUUGGCGCUGUACGCUCUGGCUUUGAAGUCCUCCUGCUUCGACCUCCACACAGUUUCCUUCAGCAUCGGGGAGACGAGCGAGUCGCUGCUGACACACCUGAAGAGGCAGAUGGAACAGGAAAAAGAGCACAUUGUCUUCAGCAGCCGCCCUUUGACCAACUAUUACCAGUACUCUCUGGGCGUGCUCGCUCUUUGCACGAGCGGCGUCAGGGUCAACAACCAUGUCACCAACAAGCUCAUCAAGGCAGUGGAACAUCAACACUUUACAUAUGGAGACAUUGACAGCAUUGAUACAUAUGCCAUGGCUGGGAUGGCUCUCCAGUGUGUGAAAAAUGGUGGUUUUCAUGUGCAUAAUGCUGCUGAGCUGGACGCAGCCCUCGGCAAGAUCAAGCAGAAGCUUUUGUCCUCACGCAGAACUGAUGGUCAUAUUGGCAACGAGUUCAGCACAGGACUUGCUGUUCAAGCUUUAUUGGCAAUGGGCAGCCCAGUGGCAGAGUAUGCUCCCUCAAUAGAGGCCAUUAGGACAGACGCAAGAAGAAACAUAUACCACAACCCCAUGGGCAUAUCUCAGAUCCUUCCAGCUCUCCAGCAGAAGUCCUACCUGACGGUUAAAAACAAGGAGUGUCUCAAUGAAGACAAUACUCUGGUACUGGAGCCCAUAGAUCCUGUGGUGGUUUUACCAAGUGAGACCAAAGUGACCUUGAAGGUGGAAGUGGUGAAGUCCGACGGAUCAGCUGCAGUGUACACUGUUGAUGUUCCAAAAGACAGCUCUCUGUUGGAGGCUCUUGAAGUUCUCCAGGGGAAAAAUGUUGGCUUCACGUUUGACCAUGAGUCCAGCCUGUGGGGGCCUUUCCUGAGCAUGGUGAAUGGUGAGCAGGCUCGGCAGAGUGAUCGCAGAUUCUGGCACCUCUCCUCUGAUGACACUGGACUCACUGAAGGUGUCAGUGAUUUCAAGAUUCAGAAGGCCCAGAAGAUCACCAUCAAGAACACAACUUACUGAGAAGUGGUCACUUUGCUGAUGCAGUUGUGGAAGUAAAAGAAAAUCAAAAACAUUGCACCCUUUAGGUUUUUUUUAAUCGUUUGUUGUGUUGACCAUGAUUACACUUAAACAGCCAGAAAGAUUUUGCAUUCCAAGUAGGUUUGAAGCUUGAAUAAAAUUAUACAGUGAAUUGAA